AUGCCUUACAAAAGCACGACCAAUAUAGCUACGGCGACUGGACCUCAAGCCGCUGGGAAGGGCGGCGAGGGGUCUCGUCCCCGCCCACAGCUCCGACGGUGCGAGAGCCGGUGCUUCUCGGCGGUGGAACAGGCCGACUCGGACGAGAUGGUGUUUACGUUGCGGCUGCCGGACCUAGCCAUGCCAGGUAGACCACUCUCUCCUCUCCUUAACUCCCAUCACCCUUCCCGGCGUCUGGCUCGCGCAAAGACAUGGACGGGCACAGGGGCAGCAUCGGCUAACGCACUCGCAGCACUCGCGGCAACGGACCGCAUCGGCGAGCACGAACGGACGCGGCUAGCACAGGACCGGACGCGGGAGUGGCUGCGCGGCGUGGGGGCGCGACUUGCGGGCGAGCCGCUGGGGCCGGAAUUCGGCGUCGCGGCGGUGGCGGUGAUGGAGUUGGAGGCCGGACGAAGAGGUGAGGAGGCGAGGGACGACGGCGGGAGGAAGGGCGAGGAGGAGUGGUGGGAGGACGUGGGGGCGGUGUUGAAGGAGUGCAGUGAGUCUGUCCUUGAUCCUGGGGAUGCGUGGUGA